UCUUCGUCUUCGUCCUCGUGGUGGUCCAUGGUGGGCAUCGCUGUCUUGGUGAGCUGUCUUAUCUUUGUCACGGUGGUCGGCAACAUCCUGGUGGUGAUCGCCGUGUUGACCAGCCGUGCUCUUAAAGCCCCUCAGAACCUUUUCUUGGUGUCGCUGGCCGCCGCUGACGUCCUGGUGGCGGCCCUGGUGAUGCCCUUCAGUCUGGCCAACGAGCUCAUGGGCUACUGGAGCUUUGGAGAACUUUGGUGCGGCAUCUAUCUGGCGCUGGAUGUUCUUUUCUGCACGUCGUCCAUUGGACACUUGUGCGCCAUCAGCUUGGAUCGUUACUGGUCCGUGACGCAGGCGGUGGAGUAUAAUUUAAAGAGGACUUCCAAGAGGAUUAAGGCUGUAAUUUUAACAGUGUGGUUGAUUUCAGCCAUGAUUUCCUCGCCACCGUUGUUGACGAUUGAGAGGAACUCAGAGGAGCAAUGCAAGUUAAAUGAUGACACUUGGUACAUCCUGGCCUCCAGCACAGCCUCCUUCUAUGCACCCUGCCUCGUUAUGGUUCUGGUCUACAUCAGGAUCUAUCGGGUGGCCAAAACCAGAACGAGGAGCAUGUCAGAGAAGAAGAAUAACGGCAUGCAAAGCAACCAAACGGCCACUGAAGACAUGGACAGCUCCUCAUCAGGCGGGAGGAGCCAGAAACAGUCCACAGCUGCCACUGUUUACGGCAAGAACGCCAAUGCCACUGUCGCUAACAGCAACGGCGCUUACGAGGACACCAAGACCGAUUACGGCAACGCAAAUAACGACGCCAAGGUCGCUGACAGCAUUGCUACAAAUCCUUGCAAAACUUUCAACCUCUUUACCUCAUGGGGCAAACACCACACUGCUGAUGCCACCAACGAUGACAUCGCUGCCGCCGAUUCUGCUUUCAGCAACGCCACUGACAACCACACUUACGCCAACGACGCCACCGCGGUUCCUCGCAAAUCCAUCGACUUCUUCACUUCACGGAGGAAACACCGGAGUUCUCUUGUCCGCUGCAAGCUAACCCAAGCGCGUGAGAAGAGGUUGACGUUUGUUCUCGCCGUAGUCAUGGGCGUCUUUGUGGCAUGCUGGUUCCCGUUCUUCUUCACGUACAGUCUGUACGGCGCAUGUGGCGCUCCGUGUAAGAUCCCUGAUACCCUGUUCAAGUUCUUUUUCUGGAUCGGGUACUGCAAUAGUGCCCUCAACCCGGCUAUAUACACCAUCUUUAACCGAGACUUCAGGAGGGCCUUCCACAAGAUUCUUUGCAAUGCACGGAAAACGUCCCAACUAGCUAAAUUUACUUGAUGGAAUUGCAUAUGAAUGUUCUGAACUCCUCUUUACAUGCGAGUGAAGCGACUGAUUCAUAACAUUCAUUUGUUUUCUACCGCUUUUUCCUCAUGAGGGUC